CAAUGCCUCGUGUUGCAACACAGACACAGAUCGACAGCAGUCGUCAUCUGGAGAAAACAGACAUAUCUGUUUCUUUUAAGACAACCCGAAACAUGCGAGCUGUGAAGGAUUCUUGCGAUUAUAUAAGGAGUAUACUUUUUACAAUUGAGGAACAUUUGGAAAUAGCGCGAUAAAUAACACGAAAUUUGUUUUCCAGUCACGUGGUCGAGCCUGACCAAUCGGAGCGAGCCAAAAAUUCAGCCGAAAGUAUGUCCUUUGUUCGGAGAUUUCAACUUUAUCCUCAAAUCUGAGUCUUAUACUUCGGGCAGAUCACAGGAUGUCGAUGCGGAUGUUGUGUCUUUUGUGAGAAUGGACGCGCCGUGGAUUUGUUUUUUUUUUAUUUCUUUUAUUUUUUUUCGCGGAAUGCCACGUGUUCAAGUUUGAUUCUCAGGCUUAUUUCAUCACAUGACUCCCCUCCCCCACCACCCAGCCCAGGGAAUGGAGGAAGAAGGCGGACAUGUUUGAGGGAAAUGUGUUGGUUUAAAAGUAUCGAGGUGGAAGACGAGAAGAGAUUAUUUGAAGAAAUAUUUUCGCAUUAUUUUGGGGAUUUACCAGUCGACAUUUGUAUUUAUUUUAAAAUUCGAGAUCUUCAUGUCAAUUUUUGAAAAUAUUUGAUUUUAUUUUUUGUACAUGUAACUUUACAUUCUUAACGGUAUAAUGUAAUUUAAAUAAUAACUGCUUCAGGUUAUCAAAACUUUAGUAAUCUUUGUUAUUGUGUGGCUAUAAUGUUACUUUCCUUUAUCUAUUUGAGUGACAUUGUAGGGAAUUUGUAACCUUGGUGUGGGGGAUGGGCGCAGAUAGUUAGGUAACCAUUUUGUGUUACUCUUUUUUGUUGAGUUUCGGCUAAAUCUUUUAAAGGUUUAUUUAUUUAGUAUUGUUUUGUGUUUUAGGGAUUGGCGUUUUAGGGAAUAUAGUUUGAAUGUAUUUGUUUUGUAUAGUCUCAAAGGUCAGGAGUGGCUUUUUGUUUUUUAAAAAACGUAUUACUCAUCUUUUAAUUGCCUUUAUUUGUGUUGGAUCGUUAGUGUCAAUUUUCUAAUUACUUGGGUCUGGCGUUAGCUUUUUAAUCAAAUGUUGUAUUGUUAGUUGGGAAAUCUGCUGUGUCAUUCAGCGUUGUGACCCUACUAGGUGUGGUCGUUAAGUCACAAUGACGGAGUUACACUGUUCAUUUAAGUAAAUGUGGGACUUUAGCCUUUUCGUUGUGUGUUCAGUUUAGUUUUAGGCCUGGUCUUGGUUCUUUUACUGCUUUGCUGUGUGUGGGUUGUGAAGGCCUUGCUUGGUUGGCAGUGUUGUCAGAUUGUUAUUUUUCCAAGAGAAGUUGGCUUAUUACACCAGUUUGUGUUGUUAGGGUUAAUUUCUUUAGCAUUUUGUCCGUUUUGUUUGACACUUUGACUUAUUUGUAGCAGAUAAUUCGAGUUUAGUGGUCUGUUUUCAGCAGCUCAAGAUGGCGGCCGUGUGUCUUUCUGAAAGACACAAAUGCGGACAUCACGGUAAGUAGGGGAGAAGCUCUGGCUCUACGUCACCGAGUGUAAGAGCCAAUAGGAUUCCUGGUAUUUACACUGGAAGCCCGCGUCUGAGACGCUUAGACCAAUCAGCGUCGACGUUUUGCACACGUUGAUGUAAUGUAACAUGAUAAGGAACUAGGUGGCUUCGUUGCCUUCGGUUUUUGUGGAGGAUUAUAUGGCGGAGCCAGUUACAGGCAGUCUUUCUGUAAUACUGAAUGGGCUGGACCAAUAGCAUUGUGCAAUGUCUUUGACGGACAGGAUAAUCAUGCGAAUAGGUUGGUCUGAAAGACUGUCAGUGGCGUUUCGGUGUCUAGGGGUGUGGUGACUUUGAUGGAUGUCGUAAAUGGCGAAUAGGAAUUCCAGGGGCGGGUAUGUUCGGAGGUAGUUCAUCCAAUGGGGUGAAUGGGCGGUGUAUAAAAAACCGGGUGUAGUCGCAUCGUCGCCAUUUCAACGAAGCAGAUUAGAAGGAGUUCGUCGUGGCGGGGAGCGGACCAACCUGACGAACAGAGACGGAUCCUGGUUUGAGUCUAGCUAAAAACAGAAUCCGGAUCCAUCCUGAUGGAUAUGGCUGUUAACCCGCCCCUUGACAGCUCCCAUGUUGGGCUUGAGGUCGGCAUGUUGGGAGUCUCGAUGGAUCAGGGCUCUGGCACCGCUGGGAAACGCAUCCGAAAGCCCUCGCUCCUCUACGAGGGCUUUGAGAGUCCUGGGCUGCCGCCCCUCAGUCAGACGGUGCAUUCAGGGCCCCCACAGCCCCCUGUGAGGGACCCUAACCGGCAGGGGAGGAUGACCAACCAACUCCAGUUCCUACAGAAAGUCCUGCUCAAGUCUCUAUGGAGGCACCACUUUGCUUGGCCUUUCCAUGAACCCGUAGAUGCCGCCAAGCUCAACCUGCCUGACUAUCAUAGGAUCAUUAAAACUCCUAUGGACAUGGGAACUAUCAAGAAGAGAUUAGAAAACAACUACUACCGCAGUGCCAGUGAAUGCAUGCAGGACUUCAACACCAUGUUUACCAAUUGCUAUAUUUAUAAUAAGCCAACAGAUGACAUCGUUCUGAUGGCCCAGUCACUGGAGAAGGCGUUUCUGCAGAAAGUGGCUCAGAUGCCCCAGGAUGAGCUAGAACUUCCUCCCCCUCCUCCGCGGAGUAAAGCAGUCAAACCGGGGAGAAAAGGCAGAGUGUCUGGAGGAGUGACAACAGCCCAUCAAGUCCCAGCAGUCUCCCAGUCGGCGUACUCCCCACCCACCCCAGAAACACCUGACUCCAUCCUCUCCACGCCCCCACAGACACUUUUGACCAAGAGCUUGCCCCCGACGCUCGCUCUCGAGCAGAACAUCCCGACCAUUACAGGUCUGCCUCCCACGCAGCCCACCGCUAAGAAAAAAGGCGUGAAGCGGAAAGCGGACACGACCACCCCGACCACGAUGGCCAUGCCCAUCAUGAGCACCAUGGGCGUCAGCGGCAUAAGCCUGGGGCUGGGGGGCGGACACGACUCGCCGCUCACCCUCACAUCGCUGGGCGUGGACCACGACUCCGGUUUAGGAAUGACCCAAGGCCUCAGCCUCAGCCAGAGCAUGGGGAUGGGAAUGGGCAUGGGCCGCGGAACAAUGAUCAUGGGAACCAAAGCGGCGUCGGCGAGCAGGAGGGGGGUGAGCGGGCGGCCCAUCAAGCCCCCGAAGAAAGAUUUACCGGACUCCAUUCUGCCGCCGCCGGUGCGCCGCAGCAAGCUGAGCCCUCAGCUCCGCUACUGCAACGGGGUCCUGAAGGAGCUGCUUUCCAAGAAGCACGCGGCGUACGCCUGGCCCUUUUACAAGCCGGUCGAUGCCACGACACUAGGACUUCAUGACUACCAUGAUAUCAUCAAACAGCCCAUGGACCUCAGCACCAUCAAGAGGAAGAUGGACAGCAGAGAGUACCGGGACUCGCAGCAGUUCUCUGCUGACGUCAGACUGAUGUUCUCCAACUGCUACAAGUACAACCCCCCGGAUCAUGACGUGGUGUCCAUGGCCAGAAAACUCCAGGACGUGUUUGAGUUCUGCUUUGCUAAGAUGCCAGACGAGCCUCCAGCGCCACCAAGCUCCUCGUCUUCCUCCUCCUCCUCCUCCUCGUCCUCGGAGAGUGAGCUCAGCAGUGAGAGCGAGGAGAGCGAGAGCAGCCCCAGCUCCGACUCCGAGGAGGAGAGGGCAAACCGGCUGGCAGAGCUGCAGGAGCAGCUUAAAGCCGUGCACGAGCAGCUCACCGCACUCUCCCAGGGCCCCAUUGUCAAACCCAAGAAGAAGAAAGAGAAGAAAGACAAGAAGAAGAAGAAAAAGGUAGAAAAGGAAAAGCAUCGGAGGAUAGAGGAGGAGCUGCUGCCGGUUAAACCGCCCAAGGCGCCAAAAAUCACCAAGACUCCGAAACCCAAGAGCAACCGAGCGAUAGGCGUUCCCGUGAUUCCCAUCAAGAAGACGGCGAGCAAGAAAAACAACAAGAGCAAAUCCAAAAAGGGCGCCAUGACGUUCAACGUCCCGCAGCCGGUCCACGACCCCAUAGUGAGCCACUUCGACUCGGACGAGGAGGAGGAGACGUCGCCCAUGUCCUACGACGAGAAGCGACAGCUCAGCCUGGACAUCAACAAGCUGCCCGGCGAGAAGCUGGGCCGCGUCGUUUACAUCAUCCAGUCCCGCGAGCCGUCGCUCCGGGACACCAACCCCGAGGAGAUCGAGAUAGACUUCGAGACGCUGAAGCCGUCGACGCUGAGGGAGCUGGAGAGAUACGUCAUGACGUGUCUGAGGAAGAAACCUCGAAAACCAUACGCGAGUACUAAGAACAGCGCCGGUAAAUCCCGGGAGGAGCUGGCUCUGGAGAAGCAGAUGGAGCUGGAGAGGAGGCUGAUGGACGUCAGUGGUCAGCUCAACUCUGGAAAGAAACCCCCGAAGACCAAACCCGAGAAACCCGCGACGGAGACCAACACGCAGCCGUCACGUCUCAGCGCCAGCAGCUCGUCCUCGGACUCCUCCACGUCCUCGUCCUCGUCCUCGUCCUCAGACACAAGCGACUCAGACUCCGGCUGAGAGACGGAGUAGAAAGAGAGAGAGAGACGGACUGUUUCCCGUACGAAAGACUUUCUCCUCCCACCGACCCGGGCUGAACUGUAGAACAGAUCAGACCAGACCAGGACAUCUGGACACAACACGUCAAACCAAGAGUGAAAGCGAGAGAGAGAGAGAGAGAGAUGGGGCUUUCCCUGCGCUCCAGUCUUCCAGUCCUGGACUCAGAAAGUGAAAGUUCCCUGGAAAACUGGCCUCGCUGGGUGGAGUGAGGGAUGCUUCAUCUCCUGCAAAAAAAACAACAACAACAACAAAAAAGAGGAGAAGAGUGACGCAUGUGUUGGAGGGAUAAGGGUGCUAGAGCCAGAAUCUGUGUCAUUUCUGGAGAUAUUUUCCCUUCUUACCGUGCUCCCUGUCUUUAUGCUGUAUAGAUAAGGCGUACAGUUAUAUAAAUAUCUAUUUUUCUUUUAUAAAGAAGCAUUUUAUGGAGCUAAUUUAUUCCCUCAUUCUGGGAAAGAUUGAACUGGUGUGGGCCGAGUUGUGUUUUAAUUUUUGUGUAGUUUUUUUUUUUCUUUUCUUUUCUUGAAUGAUAAAGAGGGGGUGGGGGGGGGAGGUGUUGGUGUGUGAAUGCGUGUUCGUAUGAAUGUGUGUUCGUGUGUGUGUGUGUUUGCAUGCACAUGCGCGUGAGUGUGAGACCCCGGCACCUUUUAAGUGCAGCCUUGUGAAAGUUCCUCAUCGUUUUGACGCAGGCGUUGAAAACCCGGUCUGCACAGAGAAGCACCUUGGUUCAGUAGAAUACAGAACGCAUGCAAUACAGAGGAGCUGACGAACGGCCGCACCCGCUCAUCUACGACUGUCCCGCAUCCUCACGCUCCUCUCGGAAAGGUCGGCUACUGUACAGAGAUGUGACAUAGUUUAGAACCGUUUAAAUGUUUCUGUUCCCGUGUCGACUGUCUCUUCCACCGUUUUCAGUUUCUCUGUAAAACAUGUUGCUUUUUUCUUCUUCUUGUGACCAAUCUGCUAAUAAAUUGUGAGGACGCGUCUCGUCCACUCACCUGUGCCCAAAUAACACCUCGUUUCUUUGGAUUUCUUUUUUUUGGCGUUUGACUUCAGUCGCAGGGACGUUUCUGACUUUCUCGUUCGAUCGAGGGGGAAGAUUUCGAAAACCUGAAACUGUCUUUAAAAGCUCUUCGGCCUUUUAGAUCGACGGCAGCUGAACGUUUGAUCUUCUCCAUCAGCUCAGUUGUGUUUAAGUUAUUCGUGUGAUUUAAAAACCUUGAUAACAGUCGGCAGGUCAACAGAUCCAGUAGAGAAGAGGUGGUUUUUAAUGUUGUGAGUUAUAACGAUGCACUGUUUGUUUUGGUGGUACUACUAAAAAAAGAUUUUGUGAUUUUUUUUUUUUAAGUAAGUGUGUUUUUUGUUUUUCAAAUCAGCUGUGGCUUGAGAUUAGUAGUAAUACCUGCAAGUUAAUAUUUAUUCAGGAAGAAUAAAUCUAAAUACUGAAAGUAAAAAAGGGUUUUAAGUGGAUGUCUAUGAAAUAUGCACAGAUUAUCUGUCAGGAUUGUAGAAGUGUACAUAGAGUAUAUUACAGUCUCGGUCUUUGAGCAUGUUUUUGUUUUUCCUUCAGUAACUUUAUUCUUUCUUUUUUUUUUUUUUUUUUGCUCCUGUUUUAAAGCAGAAUGCUCCUUCGCUCAGAUUUACUCUUCUGAAGUUUGUCAGAAAUCUAAAAGCCUCUGUACUGGACUCCAUCAGCUCAUCUGAACAUCUGUACAUAAAUAAACUGACACAUGUUCAUCUUUU